AAUCUGAACUUGAAACUCUCAUUAGUGUUCGAGUCAGUAAAGAAGAAGGUGCAACAAAUAACUGUCAACAUGUCUGGACAUUCGCAUCCUUCUUGUAAGAUUGGUCCUUCUAUUUUGUGUGCCGAUUUAUCUUGCCUAGCCGACGAGUGUCGUAGAAUGAUGCAAAGUGGAGCAGAUUACUUGCAUUUAGACGUCAUGGAUGGUCAUUUUGUUCCUAAUCUUACUUUUGGACACCCAAUUGUUAAAUGUCUACGGCCGAAAAUGCCCGACGUCUACUUUGACAUGCACAUGAUGGUACAGAAUCCCGAGAAAUGGGUAGAAAGCAUGGCAGAUGCAGGAGCAAAUCAGUACACAUUCCAUGCUGAAGCUUGUGAAGACAUUCCCACUCUUUGUAGGAAAAUUCAAGAAUCUGGAAUGAGAGUUGGUGUAGGCUUAAAGCCUGGAACACCUGUUGAAACCAUUUUACCCUACUCAGAUCUUUUUGACGUAGUUUUGAUAAUGACAGUUGAACCAGGAUUUGGAGGUCAAUCUUUCAUGGAAGACAUGAUGAGUAAGGUCCAAUAUCUGAGGACAAAUUUUCCAUAUCUAGACAUUGAAGUUGAUGGUGGAGUUGGACCUAGCACUAUUGAUGUCUGUGCUGAAGCUGGUGCAAAUAUGAUUGUCUCGGGAACAGCAAUUACUGGUGCAUCUGAUCCAAGUCAAGUCAUUGCUCUUCUAAGAAACUCAGUUGAGAAUGCAAUUCAAAAAUCCCAGCUUGAACGCUAAACAUCUAUUGAUUAUGUCAACUUAGGUGAAUGGAUCUUACAAUAUUACAACUUCUUUGUCAUUUGGCUGUAAGUUAUAUUUGCACAUCAAAUACACUGUGUGAAAUGUU